AUGAAGACAAAGCCAGAGACAUGGCAGGAAGACGUCCAGUCCCUUCAGGCUCAGCCGAACCCGAAACCUAAUGCUAGUCAGGGUCUCAUGAUGUCAUCCAUCCCUAACCUAGAUGAGAAGUCAAUGCAUCCGGGCAUCCAAUUCUUACCCCUGACUCCACGACGGAUGGACGUGCUGCGUGCAGCGAAUUUCGAGGUACAAGAUCCAGAUUAUAACCAUCUUCCUGAAAUUGCCCCUCCAAACCCCGCCAAAUCCAUAACCAUAAUCAUGGCUUCUACAGAACCCGCACAGCUGCCUCCGGCUGCCGAGCGUCAAUCCGAAUUCGAGCAAGCUGUCGCAUACGCCCUGCACCUCUGGCCUGCCCUUACACUGUCCGUUCAGAACAACUGGGGUGGUCCCGACUCUGCCGACAAGCGCGAUUGGUUUGCUGGUGCUGUUGUUGAACUUUUCCCUGAAUACACCGACACACCUCCCAAGAAUGGCAGUGGUCCCGAAGAUCCUGAUCUUGAGGAGGUAGAGACUGUCCUACUACAGGUCAUGGUUGACGAGUUCGAGGUCAAUGUUGACGACGAUUCCGGCACAGAGGUAGCCUCCAAUAUUCUCCGUGCUCGCGCAAGCUGCACCCUCGGAACCUAUGACGAGGUCAAGACUCUGCGCGCCCGCUGGUUGAACCGCAAGGGUACAAAGGUGGAGGGCGUCUUCAAGAGGGUUGAGGACGACGACCAGGACACAGACUGGAGCGACGAGGAUGACGAAGACGACGACGGUGGUGCUGAUGUUGAGAUGGAUGAGGCUCCUGCUCUGGUUGCGGCACCUAAGGAGAAGCCCCAACCCCAGGUCGACGAGGACGGCUUCACCAUGGUCACCAAGAAGAAGAAAUAAGCAACGACGGCGAAAACAACAAAAAUGGGGUGGGCUUAAGAUGAUAGUCGCAUAUCAGACACGAGUUCCUGGUAUUUCAAUAUCAAGCUACAGGCUCUGGGUCAAAAUGCCAAUCACAAAAUACCGAACGCCGAGCUGGACAAGCAAAAUCCGAUCGUCCCAAGCAUACACUAUACCAAUUUCAGGCUCUAUUCCCAGUCCUCAUCGCUAUCUGAAUCAUCGUCACUGUCUUCCUCGUCGCUACUCUCUUCCUUCUUCUUGGAGUCCUUUGAGUCCUUGGGACUGUUGGGAGUCUGGGUUGUCUUUCCAGAGGCAGCGCCGACGACGUCAUAGCUAGCUUCGCUAUCGGCCUGUGACUUCUCGUCGUUGGAUUUACGAGGCUCGGCUGGCUUCAGCAGUGUCUUUGCGGCAGGCUGGGUAGUGUUGGAGGAAGCAGUGGCAGGGGUGGCGGCGGCGGCAGGAGUGGCCUUGGUUUCGGUCUUGGUUUCAGUCUUGAGUUCAGUCUUGGGCUCAGUCUUGGGCUCAACUUUGGUCUUGGUCGCGGGGGUGCUGGUGUCAGCAGAGUCGUCGGAGUCAUCAUCAGAAUCGUCGUCACUCCAGGCAACAUCAUCCUCGGCAGAGGCAGCUGUUUGUUUGUUAGUGGCUUGCUGUUGAGAUGUCACAAUUGACUCACCCUUGAGGAGAUCUCGUCGUCUAGCUUCGGCUGUCUCAAUACCGUGACGAAGGAAAUAGUAGCGCUUCCAGAAGUCAACGUAGGGAACCUGGUCAGGAACCAGCUUCUCCAUGGUAGCCCGCAAGUCUGGAAAUUUCUGUAGAUCAUUAUUGAUAUCCGGGGUCUUCUUAUCAGCGUCAAACUCCUUUGACCAAGCAGCAUAAUCAG